CAAAUGCUAAGAUAUGGAGACUGCAAGGACAGCUUCCUGCCUAGGAAUGAUUGCUCUAGUGAGAACGUCGUGUUUAGCGUAGGGCUUCUCAUGCUGGCGAGCAAGCCAGACCAUCAUGACAAUACGAGACACCGCAACGAAUGUUGCAAGCAUGCUCUCCAUCAUCAUCAUCAUCAUCACCACAUCAUUCACCACACCAACAUACGCUCACGCAGCCAUAGGCCCCGGCAUGACUAUAACCUACAUGUAUUGUUACGUUACGUUGCGCUACGGGAGAUCAGCUCAGCGGAGCCAUAUAUGCGUACAGUCCAAAAUAGACUAUCGUGUUUCCCGGUUAUCACGAUCCUGCUUCUCUCCUUUACCUGACCGAGUCUUCUUAUUCCAAUCCAUCAUGUUCAACACCAGAAGCACCUCCCAAUCAAUACCCAAAACCCACGUCUUACGCGCCAAAAACAUUACACUCAAAGAAGAACAAAAAGACGCCGCGGCGCUGAAAUAUAAUGCGCAGAUGGUGCGCGCAGAAAUCGCUGCAGAGAACCUCGGGUGGAUGGGCGGCCUGCAAAGAGGCACCGCUUGUAUGCAAAAGAGAUGACUGACAUAGAUGCCAUGAACAAAGAACUCCGUAAACACCGUGUAGCUUUCGUAAAGAUGAGGCCCCGCCGUCCCAUGGUAU